CCCACAUGCCUGCAGCCCCCAACAGCCUGCCCUGCCCUGCCCCACACAGGGGCCUCCCUGGUUUCUCAGGGGUUGUUUUUCUUCCUACCCCAGCCUCCCGGUGUGCCCUUAGCCACAAGAGCAUGACGUGCCGCCUAUCUGAUAGGAGCAGCUUCUCUUGGCACUGCGGGUGGUGGCGGAGGGGCCACAAAACGGUGGUUUUGGGCACGGGGAAGUGCCGGCGAUGGGGUGGGGGGAGCCUCCAGCCAGGCUUCCUGAGCUGCACAGCCGCCACUUCCCAGAUAAAGGUACCGCCCGGAGGAGCUGCAGCAGCUCCCAGGACGCUUGGAAGGGCUGAGGCACGCGUGGCCCUGGCACACGGGUUGCAGGAUGGCAGCCUGCCUGCACUGGGGCUGGCUGCUCUCUCUGCUCCCUGCCAUCCUGCUCAGCCUCCACAGCCCACCAUCAGCCCUCGAACCAGUGACAUCCCAAGAUGCUGCAUUGCUGGCAGGGGUACCUGAGGACAUCCUCUGCUUCUCACGGUCCUUUGAGGAUCUCACCUGCUUUUGGGAUGAGGAGAAAGAGGAGGCAGCAAGCGGGAUGUGCCACUUCUACUACUGGUACAGCAGGGACAUGCCCACAGCGUGCACAGUGUCCACAUGGCACCAUGGGGCUGGUGGGAUGCGGCACGUUUGCGUCUUCCCCAGCCAGGAUGUGCGGCUCUUCACCCAGCUCCACCUCCGUGUCCUGAAUGCCACCACCAACCAGACCAAGUACUGGCGGAACCUCAGCGUGGACGCGGUGGGUCUCAUUGCCCCGCCAGUGAAUAUCACAGCCCGCUGGGCUGGGGCUGCGGGGCAGCUCUGUGUGUCAUGGCAGCCACCGCUCGAAGACUACCUGAACUUCUUCCUCUACGAGGUACAGUGGUGCCCUGCCAGGUCCCCAGAGAUGCCCUGCAGCACUGCGUUGGACCCCGGCAAGCAGCGCCCUGGAGAUCCCUCCAUCCACCCAGUGGUCAGCAACCACGCACCCACGGUCAGGGCAGCCACAGCCUCCCUGGGAGUGGGGCAGGGGCUGGUCCAGACAAACACCUGGGUGAUCCUCCGGGACCUGCGCCCGGGGAUGAGGUACCAGAUCCAGGUGCGCAGCAAGCCUGACGGCACCUCCAUGGAUGGCGUCUGGGGGCCCUGGUCACAGGCAGUGGCUGCAGAGACACCCCACUCCUCUGGAGACAUCGGGCUGCGCUGCAGCACCUCUGACCUGCAGCACAUGCACUGCGAGUGGAGCUGGGACACCACAGAGCCCCGCAGCUCCCACCAGCUCUUCUACCGGCCACCUUCUAGCGGGGCCAGCACAAGGGAAGACACAUGGCAGCUUUGCGAGGAGGAGAGCGUGGGGGCACAGGGUACCCACACCUGCACCUUCCAGCCCAGGGCUGGCAGUGCCAUCUCUGUCCUGGUGAACGUCACUCAGCCCCAUGUGCCUCUCACGCUCAGCUUCUUCAAGGAGCCCUUCUGGCUGCACCAGGCUGUGCUCACAGAUGCCCCACAGCUCAUGCAGGCGACAGUGUCGCAGGGCCGGCUGAGCCUGCAGUGGCUGCCGCCCCUGGAGGCACUGGCUGAGCAGUUGGACUACCAGGUCCGCUAUGCCGUGGAGAACAGCCAUGACUGGAAGGUCCUGCAGGUCCCACGGGCAGCCAGGAAAGAAGUCCUGGACAUACGGCCAGGCACCCGCUACCACGUCCAGGUGCGGGCCCAGCCCAGCGGGCCGUGGUACCAGGGCAGCUGGAGCGCCUGGUCCAAACCUGUUGUGGUUGAUGCCAUGGCAGAUGCGGGCUGGAUUAUCCCGAGUGUUACGGUGGUGCCGCUGCUCUUCACGGGAGUGCUCCUGGGGCUGCGGUGCACCUUCCCCUCCCUCUACAGCAAUGUGAAGCAGAAGCUCUGGCCUCCCGUGCCCGACCUGCACCGCGUACUGGGCAGCUUCCUCCACGAAAGCAGCAAGCACGGGCAGGCCAGCGCCUUCUACAAGCAGCCGCCGGAGGAGGCCGGGUGGUUGCCCGUGUAG